AUGGACGGAAAUAUGCCCAUUCCAAAUAAUGAACGUAUUAUCCCAGAGCGCGAGCGUCACUCCCAAUGCGAACGCGAUAGACUGAAUCGACUCCAGAUGACGUCCCCUACCAGGCGCAAUCGUCGACAUGCUGCUCACGAUAGGCCUCCACCUCAUAUACCACAGCCAAAUUUCAUGCCAGCUAAUGAACCACAAGCAGGGCCUGUUCUGCGACCUUUUGCAUGGCAGCCUCCUCCUCACUUUCCAUAUGAACCGCUACCAGUUGGACAAUAUCCUGGCUUGCCACGUAAUGCCAUUGCGCAUGUGCAACGUGCUCAUCAGCACCCUCCUGUUGAUUAUAAUGCACGCCUGAAUGAACAGAUGAAUGCAGCUCAUAAUGAUAGACGCCGCCAGCGCAACCGUCGUAGGCAACAGGACAGAGAGGAGAUAAGAGAGCAGGCGCAAGCAGAGCUAAUGGCAGCUGGAAUACAGCCUCAACAGGUACCUCAUGUUUAUAAUGAACCUGUUCAACCUGCUCCUGCUCCUGCUCCUCCUGUAUAUGGUGCUAUUCAUUAUGAGGGCGCAGUUGGUCCUCACAACUUUGACAAUCCUCUUCAUUACUUUGCACCUAAUCCUGCACCGCCUUUACAUGGACCACCUGAACCUGAUUAUCAUCAAUUUAAUAUUCAGUUUCAACACCAUUUACAGGCAGAGCAAAUGGACAAUGAGCGCAUCAGAAAUGACUUACUUCAAAGGCAAGCACAGGAGGAAUUUCAACGUCAUGAAAUUCAGCUACAAUUGCAACAUCAGGAAGCUGAGAGAAUCAAUAGAGAGGCUCAAUGGCGGCAUGAGGAGGCUCUUCACCUGCAGCAGCAGGAAGCUGAGAUCCAAAGACAGGCUCAGUUGCGGUAUCAAGAGGCUCUUCGCCUGCAGCAGCAAGAAGCUGAGAGGAUCCAAAGACAGGCUCAAUUGCAGCAGCGGGAGAAUUUUCGUUUGCAGCAAGAAGAAGCUGAGAGGAUCCAAAGAGAGGCUCAAUUGCAGCAGCAGGAAGAGGAGCAGCAGGUUAGGCUGGCUCAGGAUCGUCUGCGAGCAGGUCAACAUGAGGAGGAGCAGUACAAUGGACAAACUCAGGAUCGUCUGCGAGCAGGUCAGCACGAAGAGGAGCAGCAGAAUAGACUGGCUCGGGAUCGUCUGCGAGCACAUCAAGACAAAGAAGAGAUCCAACGCCGGAGACAACAAAGGAUUUGUGAGCAGGCAGAGCACUUAGAAGAGGCACUGCAUGAAUAUAAUGAUCCUGCUUCUCAAGAAAAUCAUGCUGCUGAUGAAGAAAGGAGAAGAGCUCAAGAGCUUCAACAGCGUGAGGAGCAUGAGGCAGAGGUUCAAGAAGUUAUCAACCGCAUUGUUCCUAUCCCUGAUGGAGCUCGACCAUACAGGGAGCCUAUAAACAUCCAUAAUCUUGGUCCUCUUAAUGUAGAGUGCACCAAGUGCCAUGCAUUGCACUUUGCAUCCGAAAGACUCUCAAAAUCCUCCCUACGGAAUCCAAAAUUUGGUACAUGCUGCUUGGAGGGUAAAGUUGUCCUCCCACCCUUUCCACCAUGGCUGCCAGAACUGCAGCACACUUAUACUGACAGGACAUUUGUCUCCAAGAUUCGGCAGUACAACAGCGCUCUUGCAUUCACGUCGGUCGGUGUCGAUAUCGAGGAUAGAGCCCUCCAAGGCUCUGGCCCCAAUGCUUUUCGUAUUCAUGGAUCUCUCCAUCACCUCAUGGGUAGUCUCAUACCUCCAGAAGGCAUUCAGCCUUCAUAUGCGCAACUUUAUAUCUAUGAUCCCGAGGGAGCCACCAACAUUCGCGCCACCUGA